CAGACACAGAAGGAAUGCUUGCUAUAGUGAUUUCUCACAAAGAAGAGUACAUGAUCUUAUAGAAUAUCCCCGUACCCCUCCACCCCCGAACUGUGUUAUGCACAACGAUGAUCGAUAUUGAUUCUGUCUGUACCAGACACAGAAGCUGUAUUUAUGGAAGGGGAACGGAGUGUAUUACAGAAAAGAGCCCUCCUGGUGUGCUCCCUGCCCGCUGUGCCAGGGACGGCUGGUAUGUCCCAACUUCUGCAUUCCUCCGGAGAUCACAUCAUUAGGCUGCUUGGUCCUUGCUCCAGCACUCUGUCUGCUGCAAGCCCCAUAGUUACAGCGACCGCUGACAACGGCCACAGGCAGAACAAGGACAGCAGACAGGUGGAAAGGAGAUACAGAUUAUUACUGUGAGGAGUGCGGGCACUUGUUCACUGGUAGAGGUGCAGGGAGCUGUGCAUCCCGGAGGGAGGGAGGAGCUGAGCUCUAUCAGGACUGUAGGGGCCACCAGUAGCAACAGCAGCCCCAUCAUCAUCUUCUACUGAGGGACCACAUGCAAGGUGAGAAGGAAAUCAUGAAGAGCGCCUGAGCAAGGUGACAGGAAGGGUCGGACAUGAGGCACAUCUGACAUCAUCCCAGGCCCUAAUACAGCGGCACAUAUAGCACACUCGUGGGAGAGGACAGCAUCCAUACUAUUUGCAUACAUAGUAACUCACUCACCCAUACACCUGCUGGAAAUGGACUGUACAGUCAAGUCAACUAUUACCCUGUUAAGAAAAAUACUUAUAUCCUGUGUCAUUGCCAGUUUGCCCAUUAAGUUCAGCAUGUCACAGAUGACUACUGCUUCAAUCAAAGAAGACACCAAUGAUAAUAUCACCAUUUUCACCCGAAUACUUGAUGGAUUGCUGGAUGGAUAUGACAACAGGCUGCGACCUGGGCUUGGAGAGAGAAUAACUCAAGUAAAAACAGACAUUUAUGUUACAAGCUUUGGACCAGUAUCAGAUACGGAAAUGGAGUAUACUAUUGAUGUAUUUUUCCGUCAAAGCUGGAAAGAUGAACGACUGAGUUUUCAAGGACCUAUGCAACGUCUUCCUCUUAAUAACUUACUAGCCAGUAAAAUCUGGACACCUGAUACUUUUUUCCACAAUGGUAAAAAAUCAAUUGCUCACAACAUAACAACACCAAAUAAACUACUACGACUUGAGGAUGAUGGCACCUUACUUUAUACAAUGAGACUGACAAUUUCUGCAGAAUGCCCCAUGCAAUUAGAAGACUUUCCUAUGGAUGCCCAUGCAUGUCCUCUAAAAUUUGGAAGCUAUGCAUAUCCUAACUCUGAACUACGGUAUGAAUGGACUAAUGUGACACACAAAUCGGUGGUAGUGGCAGAAGAUGGUUCACGUUUGAAUCAGUACCAUUUAAUUGGCCAGACUGUGGGAACUGAGAACAUAAGCACAAGCACAGGUGAAUACACUGUGAUGACGGCACAUUUUCAUUUAAAAAGGAAAAUUGGCUAUUUUGUUAUCCAAACAUACCUGCCUUGUAUAAUGACAGUCAUUUUGUCCCAAGUAUCAUUCUGGUUAAACCGUGAAUCAGUUCCAGCCCGUACAGUGUUUGGUGUCACAACAGUGCUAACCAUGACAACUCUGAGUAUCAGUGCACGGAACUCACUGCCAAAAGUUGCCUAUGCUACUGCAAUGGACUGGUUUAUAGCUGUGUGUUAUGCCUUUGUUUUUUCUGCACUUAUUGAAUUUGCAACUGUAAACUACUUUACCAAAAGAAGUUGGGCCUGGGACGGAAAGAAAGCCCUCGAAGCAGCAAAGAUAAAGAAAAAAGAACAAGAAUCUCUUGGAAAAAAACCCAUCAAUACAUAUGGUGGAGGAAGAAUAACGUAUACACCAACUAUUUCCAAAGACCUGACUUCAUCUGUCAUCCCAAAUGCUGCUUCCUUGCAUAUGGCUGUGGAAAACAUGUGCCCAGAAACUAAAAAGACUUAUAACAGUGUCAGCAAGAUUGACAAAAUGUCUCGGAUUGUUUUUCCGGUUAUGUUUGGAACUUUCAACUUAGUUUAUUGGGCAACAUAUUUAAACAGGGAACCUGUCAUCAAGGGCGCUGCCUCAUCCAAAUCAUCUCAAGUUCUGCCAAUACAUAUUUGAGCCAUAUCUUUGCAAUUGACUAUACCAAUGAAAAUAGUACAGUAAGACCAGGAUAUUAUUUUUGUGUGAAAUAUUUAUUAUAUUUUAUUUGUUUGCUUGUCUCGCAUGAUUGUCACUUACUAUAUUUGCUCAUUUGAAUGUCUUACAUCAUUUUUUUUUAACCAAAAAAAAAUUCCUGCACCAAAAAUCUUUUCCCAUGAAUAUCAAUUUACAUUACAACCUUACAAUGAAUAUCGUAUAAUAUAUAAUUUUUGCAAAUUAUGUAUAUCCUGUUUAAUAGCGUGACUUCAGAUGCAGCAAAUAUCAGCUCUUUAGUAGUGUUGCAGAGGUUAGACAUAAGAAGGUACAGGAAUGAAAGCAAAUUAUUAGGAUAUUUUUUUAUAGUUUGAGGUAUUCUAAGCCAUAUAUCUUUCCAUAUAUUAAUAAACAUGAACCUCAAACACUUUACAUUUUUAACAUGAUAUCUGGCAAAGACCAUCUGGAAAAAAAUGAGGACAAAUUAAAUGGACAUAUGUUUGGCCUGUGCCUUCUUAAAAAUGGAGAAUAUACAGCAUCACCAGAUUUGCUUUAUUCCAAUAUUGCAGCUAAGUGUGGCAAUACAAUCUGCUAUAUCUGUUUCUAGAGUUGUAAUGUAAUCUAUUAUGUUAGGACAAACAGUUAAUAUAUGUGCCAUAUUUUGAAACAACUUAUAAAAUUAUUUUUGUGUGAGGAAGAGCAACAAUAGAUUGUCAAUAACUAGCACACUGCUGCAUGCAAUGUUGAUGCAGAGUAGGUCUAGAAAUAUAUAUUUAUGCACUUAUGUUGUACAAUUGCUGUGAAGAAAACAAUACACAUUACCAAUACAUUGUUGAUCUAUAUACAAUGCCUUCUACAUUUUAAAUAAUUGAAUGUUCUUGGCUCAGAUGGCAGAAUACUCUUGUUCUCUACUGCCAAAGUGUAUCUUUUCUUUCAGUAUUAAUUUAUUAGUAUGAUAAUGUGCUGUACAUCAAUGUACCUUGUAUUCUAUCAAGAUUGUUUAUUUACAGAAUGUAUUUAUAUUGAUUGGUCUCUAUAUAGAAGUUAUCAGCAUAACUGGUUUGUCAGUUCUAACACUGGUAAUUGGUAUAUAGGCAUGUGUUUUUCCAUCUCUGCUCACUGUUACUAACCUACAAUUGAAUAUUUGACCUAGCAGACAAAUGCUUAUUUAAUCUGAGAGACUGAAAAACUAUAACUUGAAAGUAUAUACCAUUUAGACAAUCAAAAUCAUUAAAUGUAAUGCCACAUCUACAACUUUUAUUUUUUUAUUAAUGUAUUUUUAAUUUGAGAAUUUAUCCUAAUUUUCAUUUAAUUUCUUCAUUUACUUUUAUACUCAGUAGCAGCCUUAAUUGACUUCUACUACAAGUUUGUACCAUUGUUAUCCCAAAAUUAAAAACAUAUUAAUUUACAGUGGCCUAAAACAGAAACUAACUUUCUAGUAUCAAAGUUUCAUUUUGGACCAAAUAAAAGUGUUUUUCACCAUCUGAUUGAUAUAUUUCGUUUGUUCAUGUAACAAAUAUUAAACACAAUGCUUUAUUAUUCUUUUUCACUUAACAUUUUAGUUUACUCUUUUAUAUAAUCUUGGCAGAGCUACUGUAUUUAUUUAUAUUGCACUUGAAUACAAGAUAUAGCUGAGCUGUAUCAUAUCUAUGAGUAUUACUAACUCUGUCUAGGUAGUAUAAAAGUAUUGGUGAAAAACACAAAUGGAAUAAACAAAAUUAAAAAAACAUAUAUUUGCAAACAAUGUAAGGAAAAUAUUUACAAAUUAAUACAUCAGAUUGUCUGAUAGCAGAAACUACUUUAAAGUGGUUCAAAUUGAAAGUAAAUAACAAUAUCAGAAAGUACGUAAUCAUUUUCUACUGAUUUUUUUGAGAUCUAUAAAUGAAACGUUAAAAAAAAGCUUCACCUUUACUUUGCCAGUCAGUAGGGGGCAAGAUUAACCAUUCAGUUAUUUCGCAAAUAAUAAUGUUAAUCCAUACUGUAUGUGUAUGCUACUUAACUGCAUUCUGCUGUCUGCCUAUUUCCUUCUGCAAUAUUGCUAUGCAGUAUCUAAGCAGGUGAGAGUAAUGUGUAGAAUAACUUUUUAUAGUUAACAAAAGGUAAAAAUAAAUAAAUUAUAAAGAAUAUUUUAUCUGGAUAGUGAUGCUAUUGUGUUUAUUUUAUCUAUUGUACAGCAGAAAAUAGGGCAUGCUAAACUACUAGAAAUGUGCACUAAGAUUAUUCUAAAAUACAAAAAGACUUAUCAUAUUAGAAUAAAUGUUGAUGUAUUUAAAUUACGCAAACAUCUUUA